AUGGGCUCGAUAAAGCUUAAGAGCGCCUUGAUGGGUGCCUUGACGAUGGCAACCGUUUCCAAGGGGGUUAUCACGGAGCUUCCUAACGCUCUGACUGAAGUAGACGUCAUAAUCGCCGGAGGCGGCACAUGUGGGAGCAUCGUUGCCUCGAGGCUGGCCGAAACAGACCCAGGACUUUCGAUUCUUGUCAUCGAGCAGGGUCAGGACAGUUACAAUGUGACUAACGUCAUCUAUCCCGUGCUGUUUGAGAGAAACACCUUGCCAGACUCCAAGACCGCCCUCUUCUGGAAAGCCAAAAAGUCCCCGCAGCUUGCCAAUCGUGCGCCAGUAGUCGAGACUGGGGGAACAAUAGGCGGCGGGUCCUCAAUCAACUGGAUGGUAUACACCAGAGGACAGUGGGAUGACUUUGACUCCUGGAACACUCCAGGAUGGAGUGCGGACGACCUCUUGCCGUUCAUUCAAAAGGUGGAAACCUACCAUGGAGUGACGAACAACGAAUCGACGCAUGGCUACAAUGGGCCAAUCCAGGUGUCCAAGGGAACGCACCAGGCACCUCGGGCUGAAAGGGGAUGGAUCGACGGCGCCGUUGACGCUGGUUUCGCCGAAAUCGAAGAUUUGCAAAGCCUACACUCUAACAAUGGUUCAGGGCCGUGGUACCGAUACGUAUCACCCGAAAAUGGCCGUCGUCAGGAUGUGGCACACCGCUAUCUAUACCCGCUCUUGCAGAGCGGCGAGUAUCCGAACCUGCAUGUGCUCGUUGAGACUCAGGUCCUUCGAGUCCUUUUUGAGGGAGAAGAAAAGCGCGCUGUCGGAGUAGAGAUCCGUGCGAAUCCAAAUUUCGCUCAGAGUGGUCGCGACAAUAGCACCAAGACUGUCAAGGCUAGGAAGCUUGUUAUUGCGUCAGCCGGCUCAUUCGCCACGCCGCUGCUUCUCGAGAGGUCCGGUGUUGGAGAUCCCGAGGUGCUUGAAAGAGCAGGAGUGCCUGUUGUCAAGAGUCUUCUUGGGGUAGGCAAUGAUUUUCAAGACCAUCACUUUGUAGGCUAUGUCUACCGCACAAAUCUCGGGCCAAACGAGACUAUAAAUGGCAUGGUACGAAAUGACCGAGGGAGAGACGUGGAGGCCAUGAUUGCAUCGGACGACAAGCAAAUGGGAUGGAACGGCCAUGACGCCUCCAGCAAGCUCAGGCCAUCGCCUGCGGACAUUUCAGCCAUUGGACCGAAGUUUCAAGCUGCAUGGGAUAGAGACUUUAAAGAUUCGCCAAACCGUCCUCUCAUGAUCAUGGGGCUCUUCAAUGCCUACUUUGGCGACCCUGAUGCCCUUCCCGACGACGCCGAGUACGUCACCACUGCACCUUGGGUCACUUAUCCGUAUGCAAGGGGUCACAUCCACAUCACCGGCCCCACUGUCGACGAUGCCUACGAUUUCGAUUCUGGCUGGCUGCUUGACGAGAAUGACAUUGACCUCAAGAGCCACAUCUGGGGGUACAAGACCCAGAGAUCGAUCGCACGACGAAUGCCAAUCUUCAGGGGCGAGCUAGCAUCAGGAAACCCUCGCUUUGAUAACACGUCGAGUGCUGCCGUGAUAGGGCUAGCAGAUGGCCCAGUAACCGACGCGAUAGAGUACUCGGCCGAGGACGAGGCUGCCAUCGUGCAGUAUAUACGUGAGAAUAUAGGAACCUCUAGGCACCCGCUGGGAACGUGCAAGAUGGCGCCACGGGAGGAGAAAGGUGUUGUUGAUCCCAACCUCAACGUCUAUGGAGUAUCUGGGCUCAAGAUUGCGGACUUGAGUGUGCCCCCUCGCCAAGUUGCUGCUAAUACUUAUAACGCAGCGCUGAUACUGGGAGAGAAAGCGGCGGAUAUCAUAAUGACUGAGCUAAAACUGCUGGAGAUGUAG